AUGCCGAUUCCUCAGAAUGACGGGAGAAAAACCGCCCACGAUGUCACUCCAACGGUAACAUUUACUGAAGUCGAUGGCCGAGAUGCUCUAGCUGAAACUGAGGACAUUUCACAGGUUCCAGAGACCGAUUGGCCCGGCUUGAAGAUCAAGAUUCGCGUUGGCAAGAACGGUCGACGUAGUAGCCUUCAAGAAGAGGCCAACCCAGCGAUCAAUGACUCCGCCACCGCCCCUGCUGCGACAUUUCCUGCAGUCAAGCCACCCCGAGAGCUCAACCGGGCCGCUGCAGCCAAGCCACAAAGUAAACGAAUCAAGCGCCCCAAGCAGCCAAUGUCGCAGGACAAUCAGCCACGCUCGCAGGACGAUGCUGACGAUGCUAUCUUGAAAUUACCGGCUACAUUCCCCGCAGUCAAGUCUCGCAUAAAACCUGUGCGUGUCUCAGCGGAGCAAAUAACGCGAGCUGCUUCAAAUCUUGCCCAGGCCGCAAAAAGCGAAGCUUCAAGGCCAGCCCCAGGAACAAACUGGACUCAGGUUUCGGAAACUGCGUCUUCAAGGCCAGCCUCGGAGAAGAAACCUCCUGGAAAGCGUGGUAGGCCGAGGAAGAAUUCCGCGCGUUACACGUCCAAGACGUUUCAGCCUGCUCCCUUGAAUGACAACGAUUGGAAUCGUAUUGCGGCAAAUUAUUGGCGCUCAGUCCGGGAGAAAGAUGAAGGAAGUGAAGAGGCGGAAGUAUUGGCCGCCUCCCCCGAACCAGCAUCCAAGGUGGUUGAUUUGGCUGUUCAAGAGCGCAAAAGUAAGGCAAAUCCAAAUCGUAAAUCCGCCCGCGCCAAGGGCGUUCGGCCCGCUUGCUAG